UACACAAACUCGGUACUCCAACUCAAACUCGGAGUGGGACUCAGGGUGUGCGUACUACGCUCCUCAGUGCACGUUAGCAACUCGCCGCUUUGUCUCUGGGUCCUUCCGUUUCCACUCUCUCUCUUUAUUCCUCAAACCUCACCCUUACAAGCCAUCCCCAUUCGCUCAUUCGCUCAGUUUUGCUUUAUCUCAGCGCGCUUUGUUCUCUCUCUUCGCGUGCCCCAAUCGUCCUUCAUCGGAUUAGCGUUUUUUCACUGUGAAAAUCGCGAAAUUUCGAUCCAAAUCCACCGAUUUUCGGCCUAAUUUCAGGUGCUCAAUACAUUUAAGUGUUGAUUGGCUUAUUGUCUAAACAAUUUAAUUGGCGAUUCAAAAUCGAGAUGCGGGGAUAUGAUAGAGAAGAAUUACAUGGAGGUCUGGAAGAUUAUGAUGAGUAUGAGGAGGAAGGUGAAGAGCUAGAGGAAGAUGUUGGAGAGGCAGGAGAGGAGGAAGAAUAUGAAGGAGAAGAAGAGGAAGAUCCUAAGCCUACUAAGGAGGAGAUAGAAUACCUUGAAUUGAGGCAACGAUUGAAAGAACAAAUCAGAAAGCAAAUGAAGAAAGAUACGAGUUCUUCUCACAACAGUUCCAAUGACAAAAAGAAGAAACUUCCAUAUGAUAAUUAUGGAUCCUUCUUUGGCCCAUCUCAACCGGUUAUUGCUCAAAGAGUAAUACAAGAAAGCAAGUCGUUGUUAGAAAACCCACAUUUGGCAUCCAGAUUUUCAAAAUCCCACCAUGGUGUAUCUACUGACAAGAAGAAUUCUUCAGCUGCUACAGGGUCAAAACCUGGAUCACGUGACCAGCUACCCAAAGUCAGAAGUGAGCUAAAUACUAAAGUCCAAAAACUUAAGCAUACAAGAGAUUACUCCUUCCUAUUAUCCGAGGACACAGAGCUCCCAAUUCCUACUAAAGAACCUCCUCCUAGAAAAGUCUCCGUUCCACAUUCUGAGGCGGCGUCAUCUCAAGUGCCAUUGAAGAGUAAGCAACCUUUGAGUAAUAGUGGCAGACAUGUUCAUGGCAGUCGUGAAGAAAGGAAAAUGGUUUCUAUGAACGGCCACUUGUAUCCUAAAGCGGGGCCCAACAAGUCAACUUCUGUUAGUAAACCUAAUUCAGCCUCUGUAGAUUCUAAGAAACAGCUUGGUAGCAAUAAUGGGAAUGGGCCUGGCCGGCCCUUGGCGCCAAAAGGCUUGCCUUUGAAGAAGCCUGUUGCAACCAUGGAGAAGAAGGCCUCUGCACCAGUUGCAAGACAUUCCAUGGCUGGUGUGCAGAAACCACUCCCUUCAAAAGUGCACCCAUCUAUUUCAAAGCAGCGUUUGGAACCGAGAAAGGGAUUACAAGAACCUAAUAGGUCUAAAAUGUUGCCAAAACAGCCAAUGACAUCGUCUAAACCACAGAUGAACAAGCCACAAAAGAAAAUUCCAUCACAUCCUACUUCACAAGAGCAUCGCCCAAAGAAAAAGCCUGUGAAACGGUAUCCUGAUGAUGGGGAUGAGGAUGAAAAUGCUAUUAGUUUAAUCAGACAAAUGUUCGGGUACAAUCCCGGCAGGUAUCGUGAUGAAGGUGAUGAUAGCGAUAUGGAAGCAAACUUUGAGGAUAUCAUGAAAGAGGAGAAAAGAAGUGCAAAAAUUGCAAGGAAGGAAGAUGAAGAACAACUUCGCUUGAUAGAGGAAGAAGAGGAAAGGGAGCAGCAGGCACGGAUGAGAAAGUUAAAGAAGCGUAAGCUGGGCUAGUAGUGACCCAUAGGGAAUUUAAUCUGUUAGGACAUUUCUCUGCUUUAUGAAGUCCCUCCUCAUUCCAUCAUAUCACCAUUUUGUUGUAGCUGGAUUUUUUUUUUUUCGGCACAAAAUCUGCUGAAUUAUAUUUUACUUGUUCAUUUAGUUGUAAGAUUAAUAUAUUGCCAAUUUUUCA